AUGGAUGGGGAAGAAGUUUGGGAUGGAGAAGAAGUUUGGAAUGGAGAAGAAUCUACUAAAAUGAAGUUAAGGAAGCAGAAGAAGUUAAGGAGGAUGGAGAAUGAAGAACAAGUUAGGGAAGGAGAAGAAGUUAAGGAUAUAGAACAAGUUAGGGAAGGAGAAGAAGAAGUUAAGGAUGGAGAAGUAGUUUGGGAUGGAGAAGAAGUGAAGGAAGGAGAAGAAGUUAAGGAAGAAGAAGAAGAAGUUUUGGAUGGACAAGAAGUUAAGGGUAAAUAA